UAAAUGGAGUUUCAGCGUCAAGCACUGAUAGCUUCUGUGUUUAUGAUAGUGAUACCAUUUAGUGCAUUCUUUUACACCAGGAACUAUCUAAGAGAAAAUGUAUUCAAGCACGAGGAGUAUUACACUUCAUUAAAGAAUAAGAGCCAGCUGAUUGAUACCUACUCUGCCAUAGCAGCAGUGAUAGGAGUUUGGAUAGUAAUAGUAGGGGUCAUACUGGUUAAACAUUCGGAUGACUUCAUUGAGAUAUGCUGAAGAGGGAGGGGAAAUCAGAUUUAUGAAGGUGAAGAAGUCCCUGAUAAAUGGUUAAAAGAGGACGAGUCCGAAGAAGAAACUGAGAUGGAGAAGACAAAUAAGAAUAGGAAAAAUAAAAAGAAAAACCGGAAGAAGAAUAAGAGAAAAACAAAUUAAGGAUUAAUAGGUUUAGAGUAGUAUGAUUCAUUAUAUUGGAUAUUCA